AUGGCAUUCACGAAUCUGAGAGUUGACAAUUUUACCAUAACCGACAGCCUUGUGUUUAUCAAUACAAACUCACCGUCUCCUCAAGAUAACUACGCCUUCUGUCAAACAAUAAACUUCACAGAGACAUUUUAUGCUCCUCCUGUUGUGUUAGUGACGCCAAAGCGCAGUGACAACAACAACAAUUCUAAUCAAUCUGGGUCACGUUGUAAUGCAGUUACUGCUUGGGUUGAGCAUACGUCUACAACUGAUGCACAGGUGUGUGUGAAAAAUUACAACAGUGACGCCAACAAUAAAGAUGUUAUCACUGUCGACUACAUGAUCACUGGAGACUUGGAUCCCUGUAUCGACGUGACAUGUCAUUAUCACUGUCUGUGUAAAGCGUUUGGACCCCACGAUGCUCGCUGUGUUGCUGUGGACAGAUGUCCUUCCUAUCGAGAACCCGUCUGCUCAUCAAAUGGCACAACACACGACAAUGAGUGUUUGUUUCGACAGGAAAUGUGUCUUCUGCAAUUGAACUUUUCUGUUCAACACCCUGGUAGUUGUGAAGGAUUUCCUUUCCAGCGAGGUCGCCGCCACAUGCCUCAUAUUCCUUCACUGGGAUAUUCUCAUUGUGAAGUAAUUCGCCUCAAGCCUUACAUGUUUUAUCCUGACAAACCACUGGAAGUUCAGAUAACUGUCAAUCAUAUUGACACUAGUGACAAGUCAUAUGUACAUGACGCUGCUGUGUCGUGGAUAGAAAAUGUCAGUUACGAUCGAUUCACCACGUGUGUGAUGGCGGCUGGCUACAAUGAGCGGAAAUCUAAUGCUAACGUGACAGUUGAUUGGAUGGCGUACCAAGGGGGUCCAGUGGGUGGUGUUGCCGGGGAAGUACGAAUAUCACAAUGGUGGACCGGGACGACUUGUAAAGCUGUCAAUUUUCCUUCGGGGAAGUUUUCAGUGGUACCCUCAGUGUUUGUAACUGCUGCUCACCGUCAUGCCGGUCUAAAGCGUGACGCUGCCAGCUUGUGGAUUGAAGACGUCACGCAAUCGUCAUUUAAAGUUUGUUUGAGAGAGCUGCAGAACUACGCAGGAUCGCACGAAGACGUUCAUGUUAAAUGGCUAGCGUUUUCGUCUCUCCACAAGCCUCUUUUCACAGAGCAUAGUUCAGUCUAUUUUGCUAACUCCCAGCAUCCUCCUGCAGAUUACAACAAUGCUUUCUGCAAGGAUAUCCGCUUUGCUAGGAAGUAUAACAGCACCCCAAACGUGUUUGUAUCGGCGAACCAUUCAUCUAGCGGUGGAAAUCAACAACCAGUACACAAUGGAAUAACUGCUUGGGUGGAGUAUAUCAAUAUGACCGGUGUCCGGGUUUGUUUAAAGGAAUUGUAUGGGACAAAGUAUGAUCCACUCUCUAUCUCAUACACUGUCCUGUCAGACGUUUGUCAGCCAGGAUGGACUUACUUUGGUGGUUAUUGCUACUUCACAAGUCCCGCAUGCACUUCAUGGUUGACCGCGGAGUCAAACUGUUCUGUGAUGGACUCUGAUCUGGUGACUAUACACAACCAGGAGGAGAAUGUGUUUAUUCAGCACCGUCAUAGUGGAGAUAAGUCUUGGAUAGGGCUGAAUGACCGCAGUGUUGAAGGCUCUUUUGUUUGGACAAACAAAGAAAUUAGCAGUUUUAGGUUCUGGGCUCCAAAGCAACCAAACGACUGGAACAACGAGGAUUGUGUGCACACUCUAGGAACGAGGCAUGGAUACACUUGGAAUGACGUACCCUGCAAUAAUUGCUUCAACUUUACUUGUUUUACAGACCUGGACGAGUGUAAUACUAACACACACAACUGUGACGUCAAUGCGGAUUGUGUGAAUACCGUGGGCUCAUAUUCCUGUAUGUGUAAAGCUGGAUAUACCGGUGAUGGACAAACUUGCAAUGACGUCGACGAAUGCUCUACAAGCUCUCACAGCUGUGACGUGAAUGCUGUCUGUAAUAACACGCCUGCAUCUCACAACUGCACAUGUAAAGCUGGAUAUUCUGGAGAUGGCAAUACUUGCAGUGACGUCGACGAAUGCUCUACAAACUCUCACGGUUGUGACGUGAAUGCUGUGUGCAAUAACACGCAUGGAUCUCACAAUUGCAUAUGUAAAACUGGGUAUUCUGGAGAUGGCAAUACUUGCAGUGACGUCGACGAAUGCUCUACAAACUCUCACGGCUGUGACGUGGAUGCUGUGUGCAGUAACACGCGUGGAUCUCACACUUGUGCUUGUAAAGCUGGAUAUUCCGGAGAUGGCAGAACUUGCAGUGAUGUCAACGAGUGCAGUGAUCCUCUAUCUGUCUGUGACGUGAAUGCCCGCUGUCAGAAUACCCAGGGCUCUUAUCGUUGUUCUUGUAAAGCUGGAUUUACCGGAGAUGGAAAAAGUUGCACUUCGCAGUUGUAUGUGACGACGUCAAGUUCAUGUUCUAAUCUUUUAACCACCCGGUCCAGUACGAGUGGAAUAAUAUAUUCAAACAAACAUGGAUCCUACAGUAAUUCCAUGACAUGCCAUUGGUCUCUAUCUUCGAACAGCAACUUGGAACUCAUUUUCUUCAGACUAAGUACCGAAUCAGGUUACGAUUUCGUUAAUGUGUAUGAUGGCGGGUCUUCCUCCGAUCCUCUAAUUGGACGGUAUCAAGGAACGUCCAUGCCUGGAACCAUUACAAGUUCGUCCAACCAGCUUUAUAUCACUUUCACAAGCGAUGGCUCAAGCACGCGCUCUGGAUUUGCAGCAAGUUAUCACGUCGUUGACUCAAUUCGUCUUAUUGGUGGUAGUACACCAUUAAUUGGGAGGGUGGAGGUUUUUGCUGGCGGAGAAUGGGGUACAGUCUGUGAUGAUGGUUGGGAUAUAAAUGACGCUAACGUGGUGUGCAGACAGCUUGGCUUCCCACAAGCUUCCCAAGCUUACCGAGGCGCUAAUCAUGGUCAAGGAACAGGCCGGAUAUGGCUUGAUGAUUUGACAUGUUCAGGUGGUGAGUCGUAUAUCUCCGACUGUGGUAAUCGCGGCGGAUGGGGAAGUCACGACUGUUCUCACAGCCAAGACGCCAGUGUGAGGUGCUCCUCAUCGAUACCUUGAUCAAAUACAAUACCUUGAUAUUAAGAGUGAAAAAAAGGAAAAGCCUUUGAACAUUAGAUGAUGAUCGGUUUAUUAACCCUUAUUGGGAGACUGCGAUCAAUGGUCGCUAAUACUAUUAAAAUUAAUAUCGCUUUAUUUUUUAUUGCUUCUAAUGUGCUUGCAGAACAUUUUCAAUAUCAGUAUUUGGCAAUCAGCCAUCUGCCUGUUUAAUCGUUCCUAGAGAUCUCUACCGUGUUCAACUUUAAUAUAUACAACCUAGAAAAUUGUCGUAGCAGGCGAGCAAGCUCUUAUGUCGACUCUUUGGAGCACCCUCCUUUUCAGGAGAGCUUCCACACAGGCUCCUCAUGCCAUUAUGACAUUACUUCUUCCAACGUUGAUGUUACUGUCAUUUUAUAUACAUACGACUUUUUUAUUCGUUUGUUUAUUGUUGGCAUCGAAGAGUUCUUAAUUGUCUAGUUCGUAACCUAAGCUAAGAGCUGACAACUGAUAAGAAUGGUUUAGCCAUAGCGAUAGCAAAUUCAGUUCAAACAGGAUUUACAGCAGACAGCUAUGACAUAAAGCCUUUUCUUGAGAGAAAAUUGUCAUAAUUGAACGUCUUAGUUUCUUUAGAAACAGCAAAUAAAAUUAACUCGACAACGCUGACUUUUUUCUUCAGUUUUAAGAAAUAACGUUUUAGCGUGCCGUUUUAAGCAUUUCAUUACAUAAAAAAAGCCCACACAAAAAGAAAAACGGUCUGUUGCUUGUUAAAGCAUUUAACAAGGAAUAUAAGGAGUAACGUAAUUCGACGUUGGUAAUGAUGUCCGAUAGUGGUGAUAAUAAUGCGUUGAUAAUGAUGUUAGUAGAUGCAUUGAGACGUCGAAUUACGCUACUUCUUAUAUGUCUCGUAAAAAGAACAACAGCAAAAAAAUAUAUACUGGUAACUGAAAGGUCGUAUCGACCAACGUGAGAUAACGAUUAGACAGCAAUUAAAAUAAUAAUCUCCACUAAUAAUGCAGUAAAAAUUGUUUUGAAAAAAAUGAUGUAUUGUUUACUUCCAGAUUACUCUUGUGAAAGGCGAUUGCUUAGAUCUGUAAGUAUCACUUCGCGAUUUGAAUUGUCUGAAUUGUCCAAUCAAAUAUAUCUUUAUAAAUGGCGCAGAUCAAUU